AUGGUUUUGACGGACGCCGAGAUCGAGCGGGAGCAACGCAUGCUCACGGAGCUCCGGGCAAUGCGUCGAGCACCUCAGACUCUGUCAACACUCUCCAAGAAGCGUCUGCGAAUACCUCGAGCGGAUGAUGACAACCCAUUCUGCGCCGAGCGCCAGGUGACGGACGCAAGCAGCCUCGCCCGCUUCAAUAAGAACCCGCAGCUGCAUGCACCGCCGCCUUCGCCUCCGAAAGCGCACCCGCGCAACCACUCGGAUAACCGAGGGAGCGCGCAAGUUAAAACAGUACUCUUUCCUGCGUACGGCGGCGUGGUCACUGUGCGUCUCAGCAGCGCUGACACAAAGCCAACGCUCCUCGACGCGCAGACAAAGAAGCCCAUUGUGACCUUUGGCCACCGUCCUCAGUCUGCGUCACGCCAUUUCGACCCGGCAUCGCUCCGGCUAAAUGUCUCUGCAGAGCGAAGUGCAGCACCAAGACUUCCAUCUAGUAACGUCGGCAUGCCGGCUACCGCCUUGCGCUCACUGCUCCACCCGCCAAAACCCAAGCCCGAGCUGUCACCGUCCCUGGCAGCGACUCCGGACAGCCUGGAUGCGGCUGCGUCCAAGCUGCUUGAGCGUGAGCGAGGUUUCGACAACCGACAGCACCACCCAACGAAAGUGCGCACUGAGAGUCUGUUGAACGUCCCUGCAGAUGCAAGCGUUGCCGAGCUCCUACAAAAGUUUCGCAAACUAUCCGCUGGCGCUAAUCUAGGAUAG